AUGGAGUAUUGUCCUGGAGGAACAUUAGAAAGCAAAUGUGCAGAAAAUAUUGAAAUGCCUCUCGUUAGGUGGUACACUUGUUGUCUAUUGAAAGCUGUGGAAUACAUUCACGAACGACUGAUUAUUCAUCGCGACAUAAAGCCCGCGAACAUAUUUAUCGGUAGAAGAAAUGUCCUCAAGCUUGGCGACUUUGGUAGUUCCGUUCGUUUGAGAGGAGGUGCGACAGCAUUUGGGGAAAUCGUUCAGUGGGCCGGAACACCAGCGUAUAUGGCACCAGAAGUUCAGACACUAGGUGGGAAAGUAGAAAUGAAUAAUAAAGAAGAGUUGUCUGGCUAUGGCCGUGCUGUAGAUAUCUGGAGCGUCGGCUGCGUUGUACUUGAAAUGUGUACUGGAAAGCCUCCAUGGCAUGGUUUGGACAUGUUUCAAAUUGUGUUUCGUGUCGGUAGUGGGAUGUGUCCUUCAAUACCCCCGAAACUCAAGGCAGACGGAGACUGUGUUUCAUUUCUUGACCUUUGUUUUCGUAGUGACCCGAAACAACGUGCUAAUGCGAGCACGUUAAGGCAACAUCCAUUUGCAAAUGUUACUGUACGUUGCGUAUGUCUUCUUUUAAUGUAUCUUCUGGCUACUUAA